AGUGGCGGCGGAGGCGCGGGCAAGGCCAAGAAGUCGGUGGACAAGAACAGCAACGAGUACCGGGUGCGGCGCGAGCGCAACAACAUCGCGGUGCGCAAGAGCCGCGACAAGGCCAAGCAGCGCAACGUGGAGACGCAGCAGAAGGUGCUGGAGCUGACCAGUGACAAUGACCGCCUGCGCAAGCGGGUGGAACAGCUGAGCCGCGAACUGGACACGCUGCGGGGCAUCUUCCGCCAGCUGCCAGAGAGCUCCUUGGUCAAGGCCAUGGGCAACUGCGCGUGAGGCGCGCGGCUGCGGGACCGCCCUGGGCCAGCCUCCGACGGGGACCCAGGGGUGGUUUGGGGUCGCCGGAUCUCGAGGCUUGCCCGAGCCAUGCGAGCCAGGACUAGGAGAUUCCGGUGCCUCCCGAAAGCCUGGCCUGCUCCGCGUGUCCCCUCCCUUCUUCUGCGCCGGACUUGGUGCGUCUGAGAUGAGGGGGCCAGGCGGUGACUUCUCCCUGCGAGGAGGGGAGAAUUCUUGGGGCUGAGCUGGGAGCCCGGCAACUUUAGUAUUAAGGAUAACCUUGUGCCUUGGAAAUGCAAACUCACCGCUCCGAUGCCUACCGAGUAGGGGGAGCAAAUCGUGCCUUGUCAUUUUAUUUGGAGGUUUCCUGCCUCCUUCCCGAGGCUGCAGCAGGCCCCCAUGAGAGAAGGAGGGGAGCAGACCCCUGACAGGAGGAGGGCUCAGGGAGCUGAGAUCCCGACAAGCCAACCGGCCCCAGCCGCUCCUCCGAGCCUGUCCUUAGAAAUGGGGGGAAACAUAGGGACUUGGGGCUUGAAACCUAAGGUUGUUCCCCUAGUUCUACAUGAAGGUGGAGGGUCUAGUUCCACGCCUCUCCCAGCUCCCUCCGCACACACCCCACCCCAGCCUGCUAUAGGCUGGGCUUUCCCUUGGGGCGGAACUCACUGAGAUGGGAGUCACCAGGUGACCAGUGGGAGCCCCCACCACGAGUUAGACCAGAAAGCUAGGUCUUGAGUCAGCUCUGAGGAUGUAUACCCCUGGUGGGAGAUGGAGACCUAGAGAUCUGGCCGUGGGCGGGCUUGGGGGGUGAAGGGCCACUGGGACCCUCAGCCUUGUUUGUACUGUAUGCCUUCAGCAUUGCCUAGGAACACGAAGCACGAUCAGUCCAUCCCAGAGGGACCGGAGUUAUGACAAGCUUUCCAAAUAUUUUGCUUUAUCAGCCGAUAUCAACACUUGUAUCUGGCCUCUGUGCCCCAGCAGUGCCUUGUGCAAUGUGAAUGUGCGCGUCUCUGCUAAACCACCAUUUUAUUUGGUUUUUGUUUUGUUUUGGUUUUGCUCGGAUACUUGCCAAAAUGAGACUCUCCGUCGGCAGCUGGGGGAAGGGUCUGAGACUCUCUUUCCUUUUGGUUUUGGGAUUACUUUUGAUCCUGGGGGACCAAUGAGGUGAGGGGAGUUCUCCUUUGCCCUCAGCUUUCCCCGGCCCCUCGGCCUGGGCUGCCCACAAGGCUUGUCCCCCAGAGGCCCUGGCUCCUGGUCGGGAAGGGAGGUGGCCUCUCGCCAACACAUCACUGGGGCUGGGAGCAGGGAAAGACGGCUUGGUUCUCUUCUUUUGGGGAGAACGUAGAGUCUCACCCUAGAUGUUUUAUGUAUUAUAUCUAUAAUAUAAACAUAUCGAAAGUCAA